AUGAAUCCGGCUAAGGUGGAUGAUCAGGAAAUGUCAAAGACAGACGAGGCUGUACACAUUGAAAUGGCACACAACCCUACAACGACCAAGGAUGCGCUUGGUGACGCUGCUGCCAGAGGACAAGGUGUCACUGGAUAUGAAGCGCUCACAGUAUGGGAAACAAUCAAGUUAUUUCCAGUCAAUACCGCAGUCUGCGCUGCUGUCGCGUUCAGUGCGGCCACAGAUGGCUAUCAAAUUAGUAUCAACGGCAAUAUCAUCGCAAAUAAGGGCUUCGUCGCUCAAUUCGCCACAGAAACCAAUCCUGAUGGUUCACCUGCGCUGGCCUCGUCGAUUCUUAGUGCCUGGACCGCCUGCAUGUCUGUGGGGCAGAUAAUCGGGAUGACCACUCUUCCGUUCCUCUCUGACAAGUAUGGACGCAAAACAGCUAUGUAUACGUAUUGGUUUGUGCUCGCGAUCAGCGUGCUGGCAGAAUGUCUGGCACGCCGCUGGCCAGUGUGGCUCAUUGCCAAGUUACUGGCAGGAAUAGGCGUUGGUUGCCUCCAAUCUACAGUGCCCACUUACAUUGCUGAGGUGGCACCCACUCGCAUUCGUGGUAGUCUGCUAAUGGCAUUCAACUUCUGGUUCGUGCUCGGUACGCUUUUCGCCCCGGUCACCUUGCAGGUUUUGAGCAAAAGCCGCCCAACGGACUGGCUUACGCCCAUCUACACCCAAUGGAGCCAGAUUGGCCUGAUGCUCCUGAUUUACAUCUUCGUUCCAGAAUCGCCUGCGUGGUGCGUGACACGGGGGAAAGCAGAACUUGCCAAGGAGUCGUUGCGCAACCUGCAUCGUGGAGUUCAGGAUUACGACGUGGAGCAGCAGUACCGUCUGCUUGUACUCGCGGUGGAACACGAGUUGGAAGUUGCUCGUGCUUCGAAAAACGAACGGUGGUAUUCUAUCUUCAGAGGCGUUGAUGGGAGGCGCACUCUUACUGCGCUCUGGACUUUACUGACCCAGCAGUUCCUCGGCCUCACAUUGUUCUCAACCUUCGCCUCGUACUUUUUCCAACAGGCCGGCCUCGACAAUCCCUUCAUGACCAAAUGCAUCAUCAUCGGCAUCAACAUCGCCACGAACUUGGUCGUGAUCCUCUCGGCAGACAAGGUUGGUCGACGGAUGAUCUCAUGCACGGGGUCUACUCUAUCCUGGUUCGCUUGCGUAGCUGUUGGGAUUCUGGGCGUCACCCCUUCCGUGCCGGCUUCCAAUUAUCUCUUUGUCCUGUUUGCUAUCUUGUGGAAUAUCGGCGUCGUAGCCAACAGCGCAACCGGAUGGGGGUUCAUCGGCGAGAUAUCCUCCCAGCGACUGCGAGGCUACACAGCCGGGUUCGGAGCCGCUACAACCUGUGCAGCAGGCGUUGUGAUGAACGUGCUCACUCCGUACAUGGUGAACACCAACCAGUGGAACUGGGGCCUCAAGGCGGGGUGGUUCUACGCGGGACUUGGAUUCCCCUGCGUGAUUCUCAUGUGGCUAUUGAUCCCCGAAACCAACGGACGCACUUCUGCGGAGCUGGAUGAGCUCUUUGAGCGUAGGGUCAAGCCGUGGAGGUUCCACAAGACGGAGACUGCUACCCAGCGUGUUCUUAACUCGGAUUAG